AUGGACUUUGAAGCUUGCUGGGCCUUUUCAAUUAUUGCAGAGCAGACACAUUCAAAUUCAAAACGCAUUUGCUCUUGGAAGUUCCCAAUUGGGCAUUUUGGGGCCUUUUCGCAGAGCAGACACAUUCAAAGCGCUUGUCUUCUUCGAAGCUCCCUGUUGGGAAUCUUGCGGCCUUUUCGCAAAGCAUUCAGAGCGUUUUUCCUCUUCGAAGUUCCCUAUUGGGCAUCUUGCGGCCUUUUCGCAGAGCAGACACAUUCAAAGCGCUUGUCUUCUUCGAAGCUCCCUGUUGGGAAUCUUGCGGCCUUUUCGCAAAGCAUUCAGAGCGUUUUUCCUCUUCGAAGUUCCCUAUUGGGCAUCUUGCGGCCUUUUCGCAGAGCAGACACAUUCAAAGCGCUUGUCUUCUUCGAAGCUCCCUGUUGGGAAUCUUGCGGCCUUUUCGCAAAGCAUUCAGAGCGUUUUUCCUCUUCGAAGUUCCCUAUUGGGCAUCUUGCGGCCUUUUCGCAGAGCAGACACAUUCAAAGCGCUUGUCUUCUUCGAAGCUCCCUGUUGGGAAUCUUGCGGCCUUUUCGCAAAGCAUUCAGAGCGUUUUUCCUCUUCGAAGUUCCCUAUUGGGCAUCUUGCGGCCUUUUCGCAGAGCAGACACAUUCAAAGCGCUUGUCUUCUUCGAAGCUCCCUGUUGGGAAUCUUGCGGCCUCUUCGCAAAGCAGACGAAUUCAAAGCGGUUUUCGUCUUCGAAUUUCUUGGGGCCUUCUCGCAGAGCAGACACAUUCAAAACGCUUUUGCUCUUCGAAGUUCCCAAUCGGGCAUCUUGGGCCUUGUCACAAAGCAGACACAUUCGAAACGCUUUUCUUCUGCGAAGUUCCCUGUUGGGCAUCUUGGCCCAGCGACAUUUUUGGGUUUUGUGUGCCUUCCCAUGCCUUUUCAUCCCCCUUGCGGAAGGAGCCCUGCAAGUUCGAUGUGCCGGACGGGGAGCGGUCCCUGCUCUUUGGAUCCUUCGACAACCUCAUCCGCCUGACGGACGACCUCGCGAAGGCCGACUCUCAGGUAGACAGCAUCCUACACCGCCUGGAGCGCCAGUAUGUGGAGCUUGAUCCCAAGGCUGCCUUCAAGGUGAAGUCGCAGCGGAAGGAAAUGCCGGUCCUGGACUACUUGGCGACGUGGUCCUGGGAUGAGGCGAAGUUUCCCAAAAGCCGAUCAAUCUCAGACACCCUGACGUGGACCAUGUCGGUGGUGAAUCACAUUGAUGAAGAAGCCAGAAACAAGACAGCGCAGUUCAAUGACUUCAAGACUCAGAUGGGCAGCCUGUCGAAGAAGGAUGCCGCCAGCCUCGCAGGCCGUGACCUCAUCGACGUCCUCACACCAGACAAGGUGAAGGCCGAUGGAGGCCCGGAUGAUGAUUUCAUUGUGACCGAGCACCUCACGACCAUGCCGGUCAUUCUCCCAAGAGGUGGUGAGGAUGACUUCCUGAAAGUCUAUGAGAAGAUGCAGGAAAACGUCGUGCCGAAGUCUGCCAGACAAUUCAAAGGCAUCGAGGAUAAGGAUGGCAACACUUUGUGGCGAGUCGUUAUGUUCCGGAGUGCAGUGGAAGGCUUCAAGAAGAUGUGUAGAGAGAAACGCUUCACAGUUCGGGACUUCGAGUAUAGCAAGGAUGGCUACCACAAGUUGGAGCAGCAGCGAAAGUCUGUCGAGGAGUCGGUGAAGAGGCAGCGGGAUCUCGUUCACGGACUCUACCAGGCUUCAUGGUCUGAUGUCUUCGUUGCGUGGAUGCACAUCAAAGCCAUGCGGGUCUUCGUGGAAAGCGUGCUGCGAUUCGGCAUGCCGCCCUCCUUCGCAGCCUUCAUCCUCAGUCCCAAGGGUGACGCCACGGCGGCAAGGAAGAUCCUUGGGGAGACGCUGGGAAAGCAGGCGGGGGCCAUGAAGUCUAGUCAAGUAUAA